AUGACUCUUAUUAGUGGGAAUGCUCGAGGGUUGGGGAACUCUCGAGCAUUCAACCAGCUUUCCCUUUUGGUUAAGACUCACAGGCCGUUGGUUCUUUUUUUGAUGGAAACUAGACUCAAGACUCAUUCUAUCGAUCGGUUUAAGACUUCUUUGGGUUUUGAUUUUGGUUUAGAAGUCCCUAGAUUGUCUUAUGGGGGUGGCUUGAUGUUAUUAUGGAAAGCUGAUUGUACUGUUAAUAUUUUAAACUAUUCCCUUAAUCAUAUAGAUUGUAAUAUCUCUUUUGACUCUAAUGAUAUUUGGCAUCUUACUUGUUUUUAUGGUUCACCUGUGGAAAGUAAUAGGCGUUUUACUUGGGAUCUUUUGGAUAAGAUUUAUUAUAAUGCUCCUAAUCUUCCUUGGGCUAUUAUAGGUGAUUUUAAUAGUUAUUUGUUUAGUAGUGAUAAAUAUGGGGGUCGAGUUAGUUCUAAUUCUUAUUCCUCUUCUUUUGCUGAGUUUAUUAACAAAUUUUCUCUUAUUCCCCUCCCUUUCAUUGGUAAUAAAUUCACCUGGUAUAAUUCUAGUGUUAAAGAAAGAGCUCUUAAACUAGUUUUAGAUAAUAAUUCGUAUACUGUACCUAGUUUUGUCAAUAAACGGUUUAGAUUUGAAAAUAUUUGGUUGGAAGACCCUGAUUUUUAUUCUACUAUUAAAGAGGUAUGGUCUGAUCACUCUGUUCCAAUGUCUACCUCUGGGUUGCAGUUUUUCUUUAAUAAGCAACAACAGUGUGUUAAUCAUCUCAAGUCUUGGGGUAAAAAACAUAAUUCUCUCUUUAAGACCAAAAUUUCCCAACUUAACUUAGAAAUUGAUCAACUCCAAAAUAAGAUGGCCCUUACCCUUGAGGAGUCCCGUAGGCUUGGUCAUCUGAAGUCUGCUCUAGACUCUCUGCUGUAUAAAGAAGAGAUCUAUUGGAGACAACGAGCAAGGGUUAAAUGGUUGAAUGCUGGGGACAGAAAUACAAAUUUUUUUCAUAAACAUGCCUCUUUUAGGAAGAAAACGAAUACAAUCAAAUUUCUUAAAACUGAGGAUGGCUCUGUUGUGAAUACUCAUGAGGGGAUUGUAACUCUUAUCACUGACUAUUUUCAAAACCUCUUCUCUACCCAAGACAGUGAUGUGGAUGCUGCUUCUACUAUAUUUUCCUAUCUUAAUUCUGGGUUAGAGGAGUCUGAUGUCAGUUUCCUUGAUCAAGAAUUUACUCCGGAAGAGGUUAGGAGAGUUGUUUUUCAAAUCUCUGGUGAUAAAGUUGUAGGUCUUGAUGGCCUUAAUGCCUAUUUUUACCCAAAAAACUGGUCAGUUUUGGGGUCUGAUUUUACUAAGGCUAUCUUGGAUUGUCUUAAUAAUGGUGCGGACUUUGCCACGAUCAAUUCUUCUCUCAUUGUCCUUAUCCCUAAAAAGCAACGUGCUCAUUCUCUUAAGGACUUUAGACCUAUUAGUCUUUGUACCACCUUUUACAAAGUUAUCUCUAAAAUUCUUGCAAAUCGACUAAAGGUUGUUUUGGAUAAAAUAAUUUCCCCGAAUCAAAGCACUUUUAUCUCGAGUCGUAUCAUCUUUGAUAAUAUGCUCCUUGCUAAUGAGGUAGUUCAUGCCAUUAACAAUAGGAAGAAUGGGAAAGUUGGUUGGGCGGCCCUUAAGCUUGAUAUGUCAAAAGCUUUUGAUAGGGUUGAAUGGGACUUUCUUCAAAGUCUGAUGUAUCAUUUUAAUUUCCCUGUUAAGUUUGUUUCUAAUAUCAUGAAAUGCCUAACCACUGCUACUAUUUCUUUCUUUGUUAAUGGGGAGGUUUGUGGCAAAGUCUUUCCUACCAGAGGUUUAAGGCAAGGAGAUCCUCUUUCUCCUUACCUUUUUAUACUCUGUUCUGAAGGACUCUCUGCACUCCUUCAUCAUUCUCAGUGUCAAGGGGUCCUUAAGGGUGUUGCUAUCUCUCGCACUGCCCCUUCUCUCACUCAUCUGUUGUUUGUGGAUGAUAGCAUUCUUUUUUGCAUGGCUACGCCGUCUUCUUGUGAAGCUUUGAACUCAGCCAUUCAUACUUAUUCUCAAGCUUCAGGCCAAUUGAUUAAUUUUGAUAAAUCGUCCAUUUUGUUUUCCCCCAAUACUCAGGCUAAUGUUCGAGACAUGUUUAUGCAUACUUUUCAAUUGGUUGAUAAGCCUUUUAUCUCUAAAUAUCUCGGACUUCCUCAAUGUUUUUCGCGUGCUAAAUAUCAAUCUUUUGCUUUUCUUAAGGAUAAGGUUUUGUCUGUUAUCCAAUCCUGGCAUCAUAAAUGGUUUUCUAAGGCUGGCAAGGAAAUAUUGGUCAAGGCUGUCCUUCAAGCCAUUCCUUCUUAUGCUAUGGCUUGCUUUCGUGUUCCUACCAAAAUCUGCAAAGAACUUGAAUCGAUGGUGUCUAAGUUUUGGUGGGGCUCUUCCCCUAAUCGUCCUUCAAUUCAUUGGAAAAAGUGGUCUAUGAUCUGUCAAUCUAAAUUUGUGGGAGGUAUGGGUUAUAGGUCCCUGGUUCAUUUUAAUCAAGCCAUGUUAGCAAAGCAGGCUUGGAGAAUUUUCCAUACUCCUAAUUCUUUACUUAGUCUUACUCUUAAGGCUAGGUAUUUCCCACACACUUCUUUUCUUGAUGCUGUUCCAGGUCAUAGCCCUUCUUUCUCUUGGAGAAGUAUCAUGUGGGGUAGAGAUCUUCUUAAAAGAGGGCUUCUUUGGAAGGUAGGCAAUGGGCAAACUAUUAAUACACUUGAUGAUCGCUGGUUGCCUAAUUUUGCUCUUAAGAACUCUGAUUUGAUAGCCACUCUUCCUUCUCCUUCUUUGUCAUUUUUUAUUUCUCCUUCAGGUGCUUGGGACUUGAAUAAACUGAGAUGUUAUUUUCCUGAUUUCAUCAUUGAUCAUAUUUUGGAUAUACCUAUAGCGGGUCAUAUGUGUCCUGAUGUUCUAAUCUGGGGGAAGGAAAAUUCUGGGAUUUUCAGUGUUAAAUCUGCUUAUCAUCUUGCUAUUAGCUCUAGAGAUAUCCCCUCUUCUUCAUCUCCUUUGGGAAAUAAACGUUUUUGGUCUAAGCUCUGGUUCUCUCCUAUUCCUGCUAAGGUUAAGCAUUGUGUUUGGCGUAUUCUUCUCAAUUCUAUCCCUGUUGCUUCCAACCUUUAUCAUAGGCACAUCAUCCCUGCACCCUUGUGUCCCCUCUGUCAUGUAGCACCAGAAACGGUAACACAUGCUUUCCUUGAAUGUUCUAGAGUUAAAACUGCCUGGAAAAAUUCUUCCUUUUCUACUUUUUAUGCAGAACACAAGUCUUUGAACACCACUGCCUAUAUUUCGAAGGCCUUUGAGACUUUUGAUAAGCAAAUGCUAUGUACUUUCUUUUGUUUUCUCUGGAUGGUGUGGUCACAACGGAAUAAUUAUUUGCACCAUCAUAGAUGUUUGUCUCCAAUGUUCAUAUAUGAUCAUGCAGUUACUUAUUUGCAGGAUUUUGAGUCUGCCAAUCUUAAAGCUGAUGUUAGACGUAAUGUGCAGCAAUCUUCUACCAGUCCUCAUUCCUUAGUAGCUCCAUAUCGAUAUAAGAUCAAUACCGAUGCUGCACUUGAUAUUAAUCUGAAGAAGCAUAGUCUUGAUGUGGUGGUCCGAAAUGCUCAAGAUCAGGUGAUUGCUGGCAUUAUUGCUCCGGUGAUUGGGAAUGUGUCACCUGAAAUUGCAGAAGCAAAGGCUAUUCUUCUAGCUUUAGAAUGGGCUCAAAGUGUUAAUCUUCCUGUUAAUGUUGUGGAGUCUGAUUGUAAGAGUUUAGUUGAUAAAGUUAAUGGCUCUUUUUGUAAUUAUUCUGUUAUGAGUGAUCUUGUAGUACGUAUUCGACACUUGUUAUCGUUUGGUCCUGCCUUUAUACUUUCUUAUGUACCUCGUGAGUUAGAUAAAAUGGCUCACAAUUGUGCUAGGGCGGGUUUAGGACUAGAUAGUGAGUAUGUUUGGAAUGGCUGUUUGCCUUCCUGGCUUUCCUGA